AUGGUGCUCCCGCUUGGUAAAAAUAGUACUAGUGCCUCCACCACUCAGUCGAACCACAAAAAUGCUCCAGCAGGAGGCACUGAACAAGGCCAGCACUUGUCACGAACGAAGCGUCGAGUCGAGCAACAGAAAAAUGCUUUGCGCAACAAUACGGCCAGACUUGGGGCAGCACUGCGGUACUUGACUGAGCGAGGCGCAGACAUUGGCAAGACGUUGCAAUUCGAGACGCCUUACAUCGAAGACAUAGUUGAGGGCCUGACUUCGGAGCGCCUGUUUCAUGAGGGUCUGCUAUCGCAGAUUUUGCUGGUGGAUCACGAUGUGUCUAUUGAUGAGGAUAACGAACACAAGGUGGAUCAGACUGGUUCUGGAAAGGAGGACAGAUUAUGGUCAACAUUUAGUGUGGUCCAUCUUUCUCGGCAUCUUGGUCCCCUUUUGUUCCCCUGUAUUCUUUUCAUGAAUAUAUAUUACAAAGGGAACAAUAAAGGGGUCGAGCUCGAGAUCAUGAGGGGACCAAGUAGAUACAAUCUAGCAGACUCUAAACAGAGAUAAAAGAGACCGGGUCGAGGAGGAAAGUGCUGGGCCAAGUGUCGAUGAGAUACUAAAGAGACUCGAAGAAUCUCAAUCUCCUUCAGGUGCUGCUGGGACCAAGAAGAAGCGUUCUCUUUCUUCUACCUCUUACAAUAGCAGUUCCUCGUCAGGCUGCUCUUGUACUACUUCAACAUCAUCCUCCUCAGAAGACGACGACGAUGAUUACGUCGUUUUAGCCAAUAACCCAUAUGCUUCUCUACUUGGCAACGACGCAUUUACGAUGCCCGAUGGUUCCUCAGGAGAUGAACGUUUGGAGGACCCUGCUUUUGUUAGCCUUGACGGUUUUUUGGAAGAUGGGAUGAACCAAGAACGGGGGUCGGCGUCGGUGUUUGUACCUGCUUCUCGUGCUGGUGCUCCUCUACCGAAGAAGUCGCAAAGGCGGUCUCGAAGUAGGACGAAUGAGGGCGUGACCAGUGGCACUCAAAAGAAAACAAAAUCCGAGAAGAAGCGCGCUGCUUUGCUGUUGCAGUGGCUAAGAGAAGAGGAGAAGAAUGUGAGGGAAGGGAGGCUGUCUCACCCUAGUGCAGCGGCUGCUCGAGCCUACGAGCAAGCUCUGGCUUUGGAGAAAGAGCGAAAAAGGGAACAUUUGACAAGGAAGCGACUACGGUUGCGACGACAGGUCCUCAAGGCUUUGCCCAAGUUUUUGCUACAGAAUGAAGAGAAUGACGUGGAACCGGGUGACGCUUUUCUACCAGGAUCAUCGUCGUCAGCUGAUCCUGAUGUUGACCCAUGCAGUAUACGAGCUGAAGAAAAGUUGAUCAUUGACGCAGUCGCAAGGCUAGUAUCACACUCGGCGCCUUCGUAUGUCCUCUCUGGUGGUGGAACAGGAGGUGGAGGACCUGACUACAAGUUGUCUUCAUCUAGCUCCACGGCACUGCUCUUUGAAGAUUUUCCAGCAGUGACAUUUGGGAAUUUGUUACAGACACGUGCACAUGCGGAGUAUGUGUGGACAAAGCUCUCAUCAGAUAGUAGUGGGGACAGUCAUUUUGAGCAGGAGGUGCUAGAAGAUGAGCACUUUUAUGCAACUGCAUUAGGGGCUCUCGCGGUUUUUGUGGGACGUCAAGCGCAAACGGCUGGAACAGUAACAGAAGGUGGAAGCACGGUUUCAUCCUCGUCACCAGUACCUGCCGCCAUGUUGCCUUUUCUACAUAGCUUAGCAGCUUGGGCACUCGAUCAAUUACAAGUGAGGCGUGCAGCUUCGUCUAUGGGCGGAGAGCAGGGUAAUGGCUCUUCAGGGGAUGCCACGAGAGCUCUUGAUGAAGACGCAGCACAUCAUCAGAUGACUCCGGAUCAUGAAAAUUUCCACAGUGCUACGGCAUACUCGUUGCUUGAAGUAGAUGGGUUUGACUCCGCAAGGACAACGACAUCUUCUGACAACCCCACAUGCCCCAACCUGAUAAUACGAAGAGCCUUGAUCGGUCUCCUGUGUAGCUUCAAAAUACCCUUCCCGGAGCACUUGACUCUGAGACUUAUCGAUACGCCUGACGUUAACCGCGUUCUUGUCUGUCAAAAUCGUUUGCAAGAUCACGCUCUAUUGCGGGAAAUAUGCGGAUCAUGAUAUUUGGCAUGUUGUAAGUACGGUAAGCAUUCGUAUCACAACUGGGAAGCUAUUGUCUAUCAAAAGGCAAUUACAUGUGGU